AUGGGCAACUUAGGUGACUUGUCGCCGGAGGGAAGCGUGGCGGUUGGUGUUGUCGUCGGGUUGAUCUCAACGAGUCUCCAAGCAAUCGGUCUCACGCUCCAACGCAAAUCGCAUCUUCUCGAAGACGAGAAACACCCAUACGAUGUCCGCAGACCCCCUUACAAGCGCCGGCGAUGGCAGCUAGGAAUGGGAAUGUUUGUGAUCUCCAACAUCGUGGGAAGCACUAUUCAAAUCACGACUCUUCCUCUUCCGGUCCUCUCGACGCUACAAGCGUCCGGACUUGUCUUCAACACGAUAUUCGCUACGUUGAUACUCGGCGAACCCUUUACUCGAUAUUCCCUCGCGGGCACCGUUCUCGUUUGCAUCGGCGCAUUGCUGAUUGCCACUUUUGGUGCCAUCGGGGAACCGGCACACUCCCUCGAUCAGCUACUUGGACUGUUGCAGCGACGGCCAUUCCUCCUGUGGAUGGGAUGUACUACUUUGUUGGUCGUGAUUAUCCUCGUUGGCAUGAAACUGUUGAAACAUCUCGCGCCGUACUCGCGCGCGAAACCUUCGGCGUCCGCUCAUUCCACGCCCCACGCCCUGCGACUACAAAGCCGGAUGAGGCUGCUGCGCGGAAUGAGCUACGGAUUCGUUAGUGGUAUACUGUCUGCGCAUUCUCUACUGUUGGCAAAAUCGGCGGUGGAACUCUUGGUUCGAACUAUCGUGGAUGGUAAGAACCAGUUCAACCGAUGGCAGUCAUGGGUGAUUCUCUUGGGAAUGAUAUUUUUGGCACUGACGCAGUUGUUCUAUCUUCACCGCGGACUGAAACUGUGCAGCACCAGUGUGCUCUAUCCUUUCGUCUUCUGCAUCUAUAACAUUAUUGCAAUCAUGGAUGGCUUGAUCUACUUCCGGCAAGUGUCACAGCUUGCAGGUUUCCACGCCGGUCUCAUUGCUUUGGGGACAAUUGUCCUCUUAGCCGGUGUUUUGUGUCUGUCGUGGCGACUGGAAGAUAUCGACAGCCAUGCCGCUGUCACUACCGUGGGGCCCACGCAGACUGGACUUGGGCCUGGUAUGGCAGUCAUGGAAGAACACUCCCCAUCAUCCCCCGGAUGGUUGGAUGGCCAGGAUGAGGAGUCCUAUAUCGGCGAACGUCAACCGCUCCUCAACACCAACACCAACACCCGACAUGCCUCGUACCAGCGUGGACGAGCCCCGAGCUUGCCGCUGAACUUACACUUCGAUGAUCAUGACUCUGCCGAUCUCAACCCCGCGUCCAUUUGGGCCGAUCUCGACGAUUCAGAUUAUGACUCUGGCAGUGGCCACAAACGGCCGUCGGCAGAUCGACCGCGUAGCAUGAGUGGCAGCGGAACUCUAACUGGCCCACCCCGAGGCCUCGCGCGACACUCGACGAUCGGCGUCGGGACUCAAGAUCGACGGGGAACUCGCCAGAAUCAGCAGCGACGCAUCUCAGCACCAUGGGGAGGAGCAUCGAUUGGCCACCGCAAAAGACAAAGCACUGGCGGUCGAUUUGUCUCUUCCAACCGCGAGGGAGGCGGAUAUGGAACCAUACCAGAGAAUGCGGCUGUCCGUGGACAAGAAAAUACCACGGACCAUUUCCCUAACGUCAGGCCUGGCCUUCUUGCUGGUUCAAGAAGAGCUUUGGCAGGUGCCUGGACAUCUGGGAGACAAUUCCUGCUCCAAUGGAAUAGCCCACGGACGCGCAAUGAGGACGAGAUUGAUACGGGCGAUGGUUCUGCUUCGUCCUUACUUCCGCGCUCAUCCUAG